AUGGAGUCAAAGAAAGCAAUUGAGGAGUUAUCAUUCGUGCAACAAAAUAACAUGAAAAACAUCCUUUCGAAAGUACGCUAUCUGUCCGGUGAUAUGAGAGAAUUUGGCAACUGGAUCAAAGAGCAGAACAUUACCUUUCAAUUUAUCGACUGGGUCUUGCGUGGUUCCGCUCAGGUGAUGUUUGUCAACAACCCUCUGAGUGGGCUUGUUAUUUUAAUUGGACUGUUUGUGCAGAAUCCAUGGCGGGCACUGAAUGGCUUCCUGGGUACAGUGUUUGCCACUUUAGCAGCACUUUUGCUUAAUCAUGACAGGUCUAUGAUUGCAGCCGGGCUUUCUGGCUAUAAUGGCAUCUUGGUCGGUCUCUUAUUGGCUGUGUUUUGUGACAAAGGAGAUUGGUAUUGGUGGUUGUUGCUGGCUGUGAUCCUGAUGUCAAUGUUUUGCACUAUUAUUUCAAGUGCCUUGGCUGCGGUCUUGGGGAAAUGGGAUCUACCGGUUUUCACGUUGCCUUUUAACUUAAGUGUUGGUUUGUUCAUGGCUGCUACGGGGCACUACAAUCUUCAAUUUCCUCAGAUUCGUAUUGAACCUGUAACUACAUCGUACAAUAUCACAUGGCCUGAUCUCAAUAUUCUAAUGCUCUUGAGGUCUAUCCCUGUGGGAGUUGGACAGGUGUAUGGCUGUGAUGAUCCAUGGACUGGUGGCAUUUUCUUUGCUGCAUUAUUUAUCUCAUCUCCAAUCAUAUGUCUACAUGCUGUAAUUGGAUCCUGUAUGGGUACUUUGGCAGGGUUGUCUUUGGCCUCGCCAUUUCAGAAAAUCUAUAAUGGAUUAUGGAGUUAUAACUCUGUCCUUGCCUGCAUUGCUGUGGGUGGAAUGUUUUAUGCCUUAACAUGGCAGACUCACAUAUUGGCAAUAAUAUGCUCAAUUUUCUGCGCUUACUUAGGAGAAGCACUCGUGAAUAUAAUGUCUGUGUUUGGAUUACCUGCGUGCACAUGGGCCUUCUGCCUUUCAACAAUUAUGUUUCUCCUGAUGACUAGUAACCGCAAAGACAUCUAUAAAUUAGCAUUGCAUGAAGUAACAUACCCUGAGAAGAACAGAAAGAUUUACCUGGAAAUGAAGAAAAUUAAACAAAGUAAAUGAAACCAGAAUGAUACAAAGAAAUCUUUAAAGUACAGUUGCAUACGUGAUGUAUAUGCACACAGCAAAUUCUUCUUAUAUACACAUUAAUUACAUAACCUGCAUAUAGUAUAAAUAUC